UCAGUCUUUCAUAUAUAUCUUUUAAGCUCUGGCGUUCUCUCGCUCUGUUUUUUCAUCAUCGUCGACGUCAAAAGAGCUUUUACAAUUUCGAUCACCGAUAAAAGCAUCUGCGGUGAGAGUUGCGUUCCGCCGUCGACGGAGAAUUUUUCUCGCUCACAAACUUCCGUAUUUUUUCAUCGUGCUUUUGGAAUUUCGUGAGUCUUCGGUUUGCAGCGCUAAGGAAGGUGUUUACUCUAUUAGAGCUAAUAAAUGAUAAAUGGGAAAUCGUGGCCAAAAGCGUACUGAAAUGGUGGAUAGAUUACCAGCUGAUAAACGAGCAUGCAGUUCAUUGGAAUUCAGACCAAGCUCAUCUAGUUCAUCUAUUCAAAUGCACUUGACUUCGACUAAUUCAAGUCCUGGCAUCCAUGACAAUGACAUGGACACUUCAUCUUCUGCUUCUGCGUCUAGUCGUUCAGAGGGCGAACAUGAUAAGGAUUCAGCCUACGGGUCUUGUGAUUCUGAUGAUGCUGAACAAAAACAUAGUGAUCUUCGGAAUUAUCAUAGACAAAGAUCAUCAGGUGAUCAUGGACGAUUUAAAAGGCUUUUGACAAGCUUGGGUGAAGAAUCUGAGUCAUCUGUACAAACAGAACUGCUGAGGGAACUAUGUGAGGUUUUAUCAUUCUGCACGGAGAAUUCAAUAUCGAGUAUGACAUCAGAUUCGUUAUCUAUAAUUCUUGUAAAUCUGGUGAAACUUGAUAGCGACUCAGAUAUAGUGCUAUUGGCUUUAAGGGCUUUAACUUAUUUAUGUGAUGCUUACCCCAGAGCAUCUAGUUUUAUAGUUCGUCAUGGUGGAGUUCCUGCCUUCUGUAAGAGGCUGGGAGCUAUUGAGUACUCGGAUGUUGCUGAACAGUGUUUCCAAGCAUUGGAAAAAAUAUCACAGGAACACCCUGUUGCAUGCUUAGAGGGUGGUGCAGUUAUGGCUGUUUUAACUUUUAUUGAUUUUUUUCCUACGAUCAUACAAAGAACGGCGCUUCGUAUAGUGGUGAAUGUCUGCAAGAAACUUCCUUCUGAGUGUCCACAAAAUUUGAUUGAGGCUGUUCCUAUACUAUGCAAUCUCCUUCAGUAUGAUGAUGAGGAGCUGGUAGAGAAUGUGGCUCGAUGCAUGAUUAAAAUAGCUGAGUGCGUCCAUCAAUCCUCUGAGCUUUUGGAUGGGCUUUGUCAGCAUGGGCUGAUUCAACAUGCCAUUCGCCUAAUAAACUUGAAUAGCCGGACAACUUUGUCCCAGACCAUUUACAAUGAUUUGCUUGGUGUACUUAUCAAACUAGCUUCAGGAUCCAUUGUUGCUUUUGAAACCCUUUAUGAGCUAAACAUUAGCAACACUUUGAAGGACAUAUUGUCUGCUUACAAUCUCUCGCAUGGGGUGUCUUCUUCGUGUGCUGUAGUUGAUGGGCAGCGCAACCAGGUAUGUGAAGUCCUGAAAUUGCUCAACGAGCUUCUCCCUACCGAAGAUGCAAAGACAGAACAAUUGUCUGAAAAAGUGUCUUUUUUAGUCAGUAAUCCCAAACAACUGCAGAAGUUUGGCUUGGAUAUACUUCCUUUGCUUGUUCAGGUGGUUAGUUCUGGUGCAAACUUGUAUGUCUGUUGCGGCUGCUUAACUAUUAUCUACAAGUUUGUCUGUUUGGGUGAAUCUGACAUGCUUGUUGAGUUACUUGAGAAUUCGAACAUUUCUAGUUUCCUGGCUGGAGUGUUUACUCGAAAAGACCACCACGUGCUGAUGUUAGGUUUAAAAAUCACUGAGAUUAUCCUGCAAAAGCUUGCUAGUACAUUUUUGAAAUCAUUUGUCAAGGAGGGUGUCUAUUUUUCUAUUGAUGCACUGAUAUCCCCGGAUAAGUAUAAACAGUUGAUUUUCCCAGUCUUUACUGGUGUCCACUCAUCAUUUGGUUCAUGUCAAAAGUCUUCAAGAGAACAUGGGAGAUGCUUAUGUUAUGCCUUUUCGAGUAGUUGUUUCCCCUCUGUGUCAGAAACAGGCAGCUGCAAGCUUGACAAGGAUUCUGUUUAUAGUCUUGCAAAUCAUAUAAGAAGCAUUUAUUUUGCUGAAGAUUUAUGUGACACCGAUGAAGGAGUAACUGAUAUUCUUCAAAAUCUUCGAACUUUUUCCGGGGCCCUAGAUGAUCUACUAAACUUGUCCUUAAUUAAGGACACUCCAGCUCAGGAUGAAGAAAAAUUGUAUGCUUUGUUAGCUGAGAUUAUGUCAAAGCUUAAGUGUGGCGAGCCCAUAUCCACCUUUGAAUUUAUUGAAAGUGGAAUAGUCAAGUCAUUUAUAAAUUACAUAACUAAUGGUCAGUAUCUGAGGAAAAAGGGAGAAUCACAACCUAUAUCUAGACAUUUCUCAAUUAUAGAAAGAAGAUUUGAGGCUUUUGCAAGGCUACUCUUAUCUAGUUCUGACCACCCAUCAGUAAAUUUGCCAGUUUUGGCAUUGAUAAGGAAAUUACAAAUCUCACUUUCGUCUUUAGAAAACUUUCAUGUUAUUAUUUCAAGCCAGGGAUUCAAACAUAGAAACUAUUUUGUUACUGUUCCAAAUGCUCGGUGUGUACCACAUCCUUGUGUGAAAGUUCGGUUUGUGAGGGGAGAUGGAGAAACAGAUCUAUGCGACAUUAAUGGGGAUAUCCUGAAUGUUGACCCAUUUUCUUCUUUAACUGCCAUUGAAGGGUUUCUAUGGCCCAAAGUUAGCUCACAAAAAACUGAGCAGUCCCCUGAAGAUACUCUGAGGGAGCAUCAAAUCAAACUACUAUCGAAGUUAGUGGGAUCUGACAUCAUGUCUACAGAUUUGCCCGAAGUUCAGGUACCUGCAGAAGUCAGUGCUGAUGAGAAAUCACAGUGUUCUGCAUCUUGCAGUAAGAAAGGCACGGCUCCCAGAUUGCUUCUUUACCUUGAGGGAAAGCAGCUGGAGCCCACCUUGUCAAUUUACCAGGCAAUUCUCCAACAACACAUCAAAGAAAAUGAAACUAUAUCUGGCAUAAAAAUAUGGAGCCAAGUAUAUACAAUAAUGUAUAGAAGCGCUGGUGAAGUGGAGGACAGCACUUGUAACCAAUUGUUUUGUGCAUCCGACAAAGCUCUGAAAUUGCAGUUUUCUUCAUUUUUCUGUGACAUUCUAGAUUGUGUUCUGCCUUCUGACUUGGCAAAAGGAAGUCCGGCUUAUGAUGUUUUAUUUCUUCUAAGGAGCAUAGAGGGCAUGAACAGAAUGGCAUUUCACAUUAUGUCACAUGAAAGAAUUCGUGCUUUUGCUGAUGGAAAAAUUGAUACCUUGGACAAUAUAAAGCUAUCAGUUCCUUCAGUGUCGCAGAAUGAAUUUGUGAAUAGCAAACUGACUGAAAAACUUGAACAGCAGAUGAGGGACUUUUCUGCUGUUUCUGUCGGUGGCAUGCCUUUAUGGUGUAAGGAGCUUAUGGAUUCAUGCCCUUUCUUAUUUAGUUUUGAGGCAAGGCGCAAGUACUUUCGGAUAGUAGUAUUUGGCAUGCCACAAUACCAGCUACAUGCGAGAUCACACAGUGACUUUGGGACCUCAAAUGACGGACGAUCAAGUUCUGGUGGCUUGCCUCGUAAGAAGGUAUUGGUACACCGCAGCCAAAUUCUAGAUUCUGCUUCCAAAAUGAUGAAUCAGUAUGCAAAUCAGAAAGUACUCCUUGAGGUGGAAUAUGAUGAAGAAGUUGGCACUGGGCUUGGUCCAACAUUAGAAUUCUAUACUCUUGUCAGUCGUGAAUUUCAGAAGAACGGCCUUGGAAUGUGGAGAGGGGAUCAUGAUGCAUUUAUAUCCGGAAAGAGGCUGAACAUUGAGGAUAGAGAAACUACUGAAUCUCCAUUUGGACUUUUUCCCCGACCAUGGCCAUCAACGCUGGAUACAGAUAAGCUACAUCUUCCUGAAGUAAUGAAAAAGUUCGUACUUCUAGGACAAAUUGUGGCCAAGGCCAUUCAAGAUUGUAGGGUAUUGGAUAUCUACUUCUCCAAAGCCUUCUAUAAACUAAUACUUGGGCAGGAGUUGAGUAUUUAUGAUAUCCAAUCAUUUGAUCCGGAGCUCGGUACUGUUCUGCUAGAGUUUCAAGCUUUGGUCAACAGAAAUAAAUUAUUGGGAUCUGUUUAUGAAGAAAACUCAUCAUCCAAACUUGAAUUUUCUUAUCAUAAUACCAACAUUGAGGAUCUUUGCCUUGAUUUUACUCUUCCUGGUUAUCCUGAUUAUCUAUUGACUUCUUCUCAAGAUAAUUCAAUGGUAAAUGCAAAAAAUUUGGAGAAUUAUGUCUCUCUUGUUGCAGAUGCCACUUUAUGUUCUGGAAUUUCAAGACAAAUAGAAGCAUUUAAGUCUGGAUUUAAUCAGGUUUUCCCCAUAGAACAUCUUCAAGUAUUUACUGCAGAAGAAUUAGAGCGUUUAAUAUGCGGAGAACAGGACAUUUGGGCCUUGAGUGAUCUCCUUGACAAUAUGAAGUUUGACCAUGGAUAUACAUCCAGUAGCCCCUCCAUUGUUCAUCUUCUUGAAAUUAUUCAAGACUUCGACAACAAACAGCAACGAGCAUUUUUACAGUUCGUUACCGGGGCCCCGAGGCUGCCUUCUGGUGGCUUUGCAUCUCUCAAUCCAAAGUUGACCAUCGUCCGAAAGCAUUCUAGCAAUUUGGUCGAUUACGACUUACCAAGUGUGAUGACCUGUGCAAACUACCUCAAGUUGCCUCCUUACUCUUCAAAGGAGAUAAUGAAAGAGAAGCUCUUAUAUGCCAUAACAGAAGGACAAGGCUCGUUUCAUCUUUCCUAACCUUAAAUUUCCAUCUUCAGUAGGAAGUGAAAUUGGUUAAUUAUCAGAGUAGCUAUAGCUGCUGUAUAGAUUUUUUCUUUAUAAAAGUAAAAAAAAAAAAAAGAAAAAAGAAAAAAGGGUAAAAAUGGAUGAAGAAGUGCAGAUUGUGGUGGUUGGUGGUUGUGAAUAAGGAAGGCUUUCUUCUUCUUCUUCAUCUGAUUCUGGUGGGUAAAAAGUUGGAAUGUACAUAAAUCCUAUGUACAUAGAAAAUAGAAGAAGGCUGUACAGGAAAAUGGUGGGUUUUAGAUUUAUUGGCAUUGGAUGGCAUCGUCUCUCUUUUCUUUUACUUUUUCUUUUAACCCAUGCUCACACUGUAAAUAUCUCCUUGGCUAAUUAACUUCUUAGUCUUCUCUUCUUCUUUUUUUUGUACAUAACAUCUGGGUGGCUUGGGCUUUGAUUUAUUCAAUUUUCUGACUAAACCAUGCAAUUCAUUUUCUCAACAGUUGAGAAAUAGGCUAAAAGUUUAUUUAUUUACUGCA